UUGGAAGUUUUGUUGGGGGUAUUUGGGUAUCCGGAUUCCGCAAUUGGUUCCGGAGAGACAGAGAAAGAGCGUGUACAGUCGAGAGACGCUGUUCUAAGGAGAGAGAGAUUGGUGAAGUCAUGGCCAACCAAACCGAUGAUUUAGACGCCCUGCUUGACAGUGCCUUGGAUGAUUUCCAAAGCCUCAACCUCUCUAAUUCUCAACAAAGGAGUGAAGGGGAUGGUGCAGAGAGCAGAAAGGAGUCUGCUUUGUUGCCAAAAGGGGUUCAAGGACUGGGGAUGGGAUUGCCGGACUUGAAGAGCAAGAAGAAGGGGAAGCAGAAGGUUUCAAAGGAUGCCCAUGUGGCAGAGGCGCUUGACAAGCUCAGGGAGCAGACUAGGGAGGCUGUUAAAGGAGUGGAGUCGGUGACCAGUGCCCAAUUGGAUGAUUUCCCUAAGGAUGAAAUGAUGGAGGAUUGGGUCAAGCAAUUUGAGGAGCUUGCUGGCUCACAGGAUAUGGAAUCUAUUGUGGAGACCAUGAUGCAACAGCUUUUGUCUAAAGAAAUUCUUUAUGAACCCAUGAAGGAAAUUGGAGAAAGGUAUCCAAACUGGUUGGAAGAGCGUAAAACCAGUUUGAGCAAAGAAGACUAUGAACGUUACUGCCGUCAAUAUCAGCUCAUAAAAGAACUUAAUGAUGUUUAUGACAAUGAUCCCAGUAACUUCGCCAAGAUUGUUGAGCUAAUGCAAAAAAUGCAAGAAUGUGGCCAACCACCAAGUGAUAUCGUGCGCGAACUUGCUCCUGAUUUUGAUUUGGCUAGUCUUGGUCAAAUAACACCGGGGAUGCUCGAGUCACAAGGAAAUUGCUGUAUAAUGUGAAGUUCUCGUUGGUCCGAUCAGUUUCUUGUUCCCAUUGCUUUUCCUUCAUUUCAUGGAAUAUUCUUUUUAUGAUAUACUAUUGAGAAAGAUCAAAGAAGUGAUCUUCUGCAAAUUUCAGGUACUGUAAGUGGCAAAUUGGUAAACAAUUAGGUACUUUCAUGUUAAGCUUGAGUGAAGCGGGGGAAGAACUUGAGAGAGCCUUUUAAAGUUCUUACUGAAAAUUGCUUUUUAUUUGGUUGGAUUUCAUGCUUUUAUUACUGUGCUAAAUAGUUCUAUAUUCUCCAUAUUGUGUCA